AUGGAGAGUUUACGAGAAGAAGAGUCUCAAGCAAGAGAUGGCGGCAACAACAAUCAUCAUAACAGAAUUGCUGAUGAUCAGGGUCCUCGUCUAAACUUGCCUCUGACGAAAACUCCGGAACUUAUCAACUUGAUUCAGAAUUACCUCAACAGAAACAACCCAUGUUCUCCUCAACAAUCAGAGAGCUCAAAGACAUCAAUGCUUCCUCCGAAGGUUCCUGCAGAGAGACUCAAAGCUAUGAAUUUCCCAAUCUCCAUGAUCAUAAUUGGCCAGUGGGAAUACCGUGCAACAAACCCUGACGAUAUUGUGGCGAAACUCUAUUUUGCAAAGAAGAAACUUAUAUGGGAGAUUCUCGACGCUCGAGAUCCAAAGACUAACAUGCCGAGGCUCAAGACAAAGAUCGAGAUCGAAUGGGAUGAUGUUGCUUCUUUUCAAGAGAGUAUUAAUUCACGUGAUGAAACUGGAAUCCUCAAAAUCGAGUUGAAGAAACGUCCAAAAUUCUUCAUAGAGAAUAAUCCAAUAGCAGGGAAACACACACAAUGGAAACAAAUGGAUCAAGAUUUCACCGAAGAUCAGGCCGCUUCCCGUUUCAGCAUACAUACACUUCAUUUUGAUGCCGGAGUUCUCCAAAAGAACUUGGAGAAGCUUUUGUCCGAUAGCUUCUGGGCCAAACUCUAUGAUGUCAAUUUCCCGGUACGAGAAGCUGUUUUCUUCGACAUUGACUAUGGAAUCAACAAUAACACCAACUCACCUAGCUACGUCCUAAGCCAGACACGUCACUUUAAUGUCAACAGUGACCUUAUACAUCACCCUUCUCAAGGAAUUGGUCACGUGGGAGUGGGAGAAGGAAACUCUAACGUGUACUGGGAUAACAAUGGAAGUCAAAACUCAUAUGGUCAAGCCAAUAAUUGGGUUUACACGGGAAAUUAA